GAGGAACCGCAACGACACUCUGAGCUCUUUAUUUGCUCUAUGCACACGGUUCACCAAUCGCUGCACGCGGUGCAGCGGGAACGAUCAAUCAGGUGGUACGUAAUUACAACUUGGGUUUUUCUCUUGGAACAGUGUAUACCAGAAUGGGACUAAAUUCAGAGAAUCGUUCUCAUUGGACGCUGUUCUUUCGGCCAUAUUAGGGGCGACAAACAACCUGUCGGUUUACAGUCCGUGAAGGUGUAAACAGGGAGAACAACGUGGAAGUUAGGAGACAGGCUGGAAUUCGAUGUCCUGUCAAACAGAUGUUACGGAAGAAUUCUUUUAACUUUUGAGAGAAUCAUGGACGAAAUUAAUGAGUUACGAAAGAAAAUUAAAGAGUUGGAGGAACAGCUCGAGGGGAGGGAAAAUAAAGAUGUCCCUUUUAGGGGAAGAAUUGAACAAAUGUCCAGCGAAGUUGUGGAUUCGAAUCCUUACAGUCGAUUAAUGGCCUUAAAGAGAAUGGGAAUUGUUGAUAAUUAUGAGAAGAUACGAGAAGUCACCGUAGCCGUUGUUGGAGUUGGCGGUGUAGGCAGCGUAACUGCAGAAAUGCUUACGAGAUGCGGCAUUGGAAAAUUGGUCCUCUUUGACUAUGAUAAAGUAGAAUUGGCAAAUAUGAACCGACUUUUUUUCCAACCACAUCAAGUAGGACAGAGCAAAGUGCAGGCAGCGGCAAGGACGCUAAGAACUAUUAAUCCUGAUGUCGAGAUCGAUACAUAUAAUUAUAACAUCACAACAGUGGACAACUUUUUGCACUUUAUGGACAUUCUAAGGACAUCGAGUUUACAGGAAGGACCUGUCGAUUUAGUUCUGAGCUGCGUUGACAAUUUUGAAGCACGUAUGGCAAUCAACAGUGCUUGCAACGAGCUGAAUCAAAAGUGGUUCGAAAGUGGAGUUUCCGAGAAUGCAGUUUCCGGACAUAUUCAGUUCAUUGUUCCUGGAGAAUCUGCUUGCUUUGCAUGUGCUCCUCCACUGGUAGUUGCAUCAAACAUAGAUGAAAAGACCUUGAAGCGUGAUGGAGUCUGCGCAGCAUCCUUACCGACAACCAUGGGAAUAGUGGCAGGGUUUUUAGUACAAAACGUACUGAAGUGCCUUUUAAAUUUUGGAGUGGUAUCAUAUUAUUUAGGCUACAAUGCCAUGCAGGACUUCUUCCCUUCUAUGACAUUAAGACCAAACCCAAACUGUGAUGACAAGUACUGUCGUCAAAGGCAGCAGGAAUACUUGGCAAAGCCUAAAGUUGAGAUCCUGGCAAACCUCGAAGAUGAAGAAGGUCCAUUGCAUGAAGAUAAUGAAUGGGGAAUUUCAGUAGUUGAUGAAAACCAGUCGGAUCCUGAGGAAAGCACUACAGUUAAAUUAAAUCCAGGUCUCCGGCAAGCAUACACACUGCCUUCGCAGCCUGUGGAACGAGAACAUGAAACUAUUCCUUCGCAGUCUAGUGGUCCUAGUUUAGAGGAGCUUAUGUCGCAAAUGAAAUCCUUGUGAAUUAUAAAUUUUUUUUUUAUACACUUUCAGACGUUUAUAUGCAUGUUAAAUUUCUAUAAGUAUACAGGUGGAAGAAAUUGCUUGAUAAAGCUUUAUGUCAUUGUAUUUUCGAAAAUCUGAAAAUCUCAAAGGAAUAAGUAAGGAUACAAUGUGAUCAUGAUUAUUCUCUUUGGAAUAAUAAUAAAAAGUCAUGAGUCUUAAU